AUGUCGCCAAGCUCGCCCCCACCACAACCGACGCUGCCCCUCCCCUCGCCCAGCACGCCCUCGCCGUCCUUCCUCGUUCCCUCGCCGCGCCCGCAGUCGUUCUUCGCGACGAUCACCGGUCGCCAGAAGAGACGCAAGAAGAAGCUCGUCAUCUCCGGCGCGCCUCUCGAGAUCGGCCAGCCUCGCGCAUCGUCGUCCAGGCGCAUGCAGAACGUCGUAAAAUGGUGCGAGAGCUUCGGGCCGCUGCGCAAGAUCGAGACGAAGGAGGACGGGAGCUUGCACGUGUACUGGAAAGACUGGGAGGUCGCCGAUAGGGUGUGCCGUAUACAAGCUCAAGUCGUCAUCAAAGACGUUGGCCGCGUGAGCUUGGCUUGGUCGUAUAUCUCAUGA